CUGUUUUUGUGUGUUGUUGUUGAGCGUGAAGUGCAAAUGAAUUGGGAAUUUGUUUAGAAAAACUCCACAACAACAACUGCGAAGGCGAGCGAUUCAAUUUCAAAACAAUAACAAAUCUAGAAGCCUAUUGCAAGUUUGUCGAAAAUCAAAACACGGCAAAUCUGAGGCCCGCUGGACGAGUCAUCAUCGCGGAGCGUGUGAAAACAGCAGAGGAAAACACAAACAACCGAGAAAGAGGAGGGAGAAGUACUGAGAAGGAGGUGGGAUAGGAAAAGCCAGGUAGCCAGUGACCACUUUUCCGCACCAACGAGACGAGGAAAGCGUCCUCCAGCGUCCGAAACGCGGGCGGUGAAAUUGCGACGUUCGACGCACUCGGUAGCUCAGCUGCAGGAAUAAGCUGACGCGAAACCUUGAGACACACACACACACGCAGGCACUCACGUACGCACACAAGCCAAGAGCAGCAGCAGCAGGAAGUGGAAUUGGAACUGGAACUGCAGGCACCAUGAGUUCGCAAUACUCGAAUGUGGAGAACCUAUCGCCGCAGACGAUACGUCAGGUGAUGCGGGAGCUGCAGGAGAUGGAGACUACGCCGCCCGAGGGCAUCAAGGUGCUUAUCAACGAAAGCGACGUGACGGAUGUUCAGGCGCUAAUCGACGGACCCGCCGGCACUCCGUAUGCCGCCGGCGUUUUUAGGGUCAAACUGACGCUGAACAAAGAUUUUCCGCAGACGCCGCCAAAGGCGUACUUCCUCACCAAGAUCUUUCAUCCUAAUGUGGCCGCCAAUGGCGAGAUUUGUGUAAACACACUAAAGAAGGACUGGAAGCCGGAUCUGGGCAUCAAGCACAUACUGCUCACCAUCAAAUGCCUGCUGAUUGUGCCGAAUCCGGAGUCAGCGCUGAAUGAGGAGGCCGGCAAGAUGCUAUUGGAGCGUUAUGAUGACUACUCGCAGCGGGCGCGGAUGAUGACGGAGAUCCACGCCCAGCCGGCAAAGUGCGGUGCGGGUGCUGCUGGCGAUGCCAAAGACGAUGAUGGACCCUCGACGAAGAAGCAUGCGGGCCUGGACAAGAAACUGCAGGACAAGAAGAAAGAAAAGUUGCUCAAGGAGAAGAAGCGCAUGCUGAAGAGAUUAUGAGAGGCAUAAGGCGGCGUUCCAUGGACUAGUUAAUCAACCAGGAGCAGUAGCAGAAGAGGCAGCAGAAGCAGUUGAGGGAAGCGAACGGAAACAAUGGGGUGGGCAAUGGCGCGGAAUGGCGGCAGGAUCGGAGCUAUGCUGGAUAUAAUGGAGCAGGCGCGCUAUGAAAUUUUACACUGAUCUGAACAAAAAAGAAGGAAAAUUAGAAAACAAAAAAUGAGAACAAGACACCGAUGAUAUCCAAACGGACAUAAAAGCUGAGGCGGUAAUCCGAUAGGAAUCGGUAGAGGAGAACGGGAAGGAAGAACCACUCCAAAGAAAAGUGCAUCCAGUUACCAUAUACAUAUAAACGAUUAUUUAAACCACACACUUUUGUGACAGAUGGCACCGGUCAUCCGGAGGAACUAGCAUGUAGAAACAAAAAACAAUUCAAACCAGAAGCAACCAAGAGAAAUGGAAAACGCAAACCAUCUCCUAAGUUAUUAAUGUAGUUCUCUUUUUGUCUAACACACCUACACACCUACACACACACACACACACACAUACAAAUGAGCUAUAUCCUAGCAUAAUUUAUGUAAUUAGAUUAUAGAAAACAAGGAGAACAUUAUCGCCUCAUACAUACCACCAUCACCUCUCCAAGUCUCUCUAAAAAGCAUCACCAACUUACCUUAAUUAUCGUUUAACUAACGGGGAUGCACAAUCCCUUUUUUUAAAUUUUGUGUCCUUGAUUUUAAAGUUGUAUCCAUUUAGUUUUUAAACUGAAUAUUUCCUUGAUUUGUCUUGCAUAGAAUUAAGUUACAAACAAAAACAAGCACACACACAUCCAUCAAACAAUCACAAAAAUACAUCAAAUUAUAAGCGAAAAUGAAAGAGAAACUGUAAGGGAAUCGCUGGCAGAUGCUGUAGGGAUUUAGGCUAAGUACUUAUAGCUCUAACAACACUCGAUGCGAAAUGAAGCAAAGCGGAGAGAAACGAAACGGCACGAAAAUGGCACGGUGAUAAGUGCUUUGAAAAUAUCCUUAUCCUUUCGUCCGCCAUAUCCUUUGCACUGAUAAGGACUUCUACGGCUCUCUAUCCCUUUCUUUCUCAAAUCCUCUCUCACUGUCAGUCAUUCUCUUUUUUCACAUCUUUCGUUCGAACAUUCUUUACCACACAUACACACACACACACACACACACA